CCCAUUUAGAUUUUAUUAACUGUCAUGAACCUUCUUGCUCUCGGCUCCCUCCCUCCCCAGAAUAGUUGAACGGCUCCGAUUUCAUUUAGUCACUUAAUUUCUUUGGGAACAUCAGAAGGAACAACAUCGCCUUCGUUUGAAGAACAGGAAGGCCUGAGGGAACCAGGAGAAGAUCACAUCUUCAAGCCCUUCUACAGGGGAAACUGUUUGUUUGAUUGGUUUGACCAACUGUCAACCUCCAAUCACUCCAUUCUGUGGGGUGAACUCUUCUCUAACGUGCAUCAGCCAAUCCUUGGAGGAUGAAGUAAAAGAGAAAGCGCCUUGUUCAAGUUGUACAGGAGAUUCAUUGAAAAACAAGCAGGGAUCCACAGAAUUUCUGGGGAAAAUGAAAGAAGCCGUCAGACAGGCAACUGUAGAUGAAACAAAUUGGUCAACUCAAGAGGUGUGCAUGAUACAUAAAGAAGACUUAAGUCAUUUCUGUUUGGAGGAUCAAGUUCCCCUUUGUUCACUCUGCAGAAAAUCCUGGGAUCAUGCGGCACAUACUGUCAUUUCCAGGAAUCAACCAGAAAAUCAGGCUACUGGAAAUGUCUUGAAUGGGGGAAAAGACGGUUUUCCAAAAUCACAGCCAACCGAUGCUUCCAUGGUAGAGUUUUCAAACAUAAACAAAGAAGACUUCAUAGAAAAAGGAGGGGCAACUGAUGGGAACAAAGAUGACAAGAAAGACAAUAAACCUGCAACUGUUGAGCAGUGGGUGGACUUCAGCUUGGAAGAAAAGAAGGAAGCAGGCACCCAACCCAACACAAGGGUCAAGAACUCAAUUACGUGGAUUGUCCUCAUACUCUUUGUCAUUCAGAUUGUGGGCUUGGUAACCACCAUCUUCGUUUUCACAAAAGCUAAACCUCAUUUGCCUUCUGCUGCUGCCACCACUUCCUGUUGCCCAACGGGCUGGCACAACAACCAAGGAAAUUGCUAUCAUGUUAUGGAAACCAAAGACACCUGGAAUGCUAGUCAGAAUCAUUGUCUCUCCUUUGGGGCCACCUUGGCUGUCUUUGGGGAUCUAGAGAAACUGAUUGGUGCCAUGAAUGUCAGGGAGCCCUUUAACCACUGGGUUGGCCUCCAUAGAAGUCCUGAAGAGAGCUGGAAAUGGCCAGAUGGGACCCUGUUCAAAAACCCCUUUGAAGUGGAGGGAGACGGACCCUGUGCUUAUCUGAAGAAGAGAGUGGUGAGCAGCGCAGAUUGUGCCGACUGGAAGAAAGGACUGUGCAGCCUGAAAGGGUUAAUGAACCACCAACUCUGCAGCGCAACCUGAGUGCUGAAGAAUUCCUUCUGUGCAAAAAAGGAGUUGGAGACCUUCCCUGCUGCUGGGCGUGCCCGUGCACACACACGACAAAUUUUCUGUGGGUGGCCUUCCUUUUCAUCCAUGCAGGAGAUAAACGUUUUUACAGGGUAUAAUUGCAAAAACUGACUAGACUGAAAAAAGUCAAAGUGACGUAAGAAAAGAUCUAAACACAUUUUAAGGGUUUUUCUUCCCCCCAAUACAGGUUGCAAUCCUAACUAAAUAGGUUUUCAUGGGAGAACACUCCUUGAAUUUUUACUCCCAGGUAAAAUAGAAGUAUAUCUAAGGUUAUAUUCAUGCGGUGUGUUUUGGUACAUAUACACAUAUACUCUCUAGCUGGAUUGAGAGUGCUUUGCUACCUCACUUUUUUCUUUAGCUAAAAACAAUGCAAAUUUGGAGAAGAAACAUUUUAAAACACUAGUCAAUUUUGAGUAAUUGUGUGGUCAGACUAGCCUAAAAACAGGUCAGGGUAGAUUGUAAUUCAGUGAGUUGUAGGAUGCCCAGCUGUUAGUUUUGCAUGUGGUGUGAACACAAUAUCAAGCCCUAGUAUUGCAUGUUUGUAUGGACUUUAAUACAUUGGAUGACCCCA